GCCUUCCUCUAAGAACUUGGAGCAGAUCCGGUUUGAGAAGCCACUGCCACUGCCGAAAUGGGCAGCAAAACCUUACCGGCGCCGGUGCCCAUCCACCCUUCCCUGCAGCUCACCAACUACUCCUUCCUUCAGGCAGUGAACGGCCUGCCCACAGUGCCUUCGGACCAUCUGCCCAACCUGUAUGGUUUCAGCGCGUUGCACGCUGUGCACCUGCAUCAGUGGACGCUGGGCUACCCGGCCAUGCACUUGCCACGCUCUUCUUUCUCCAAAGUGCCGGGCACCGUGUCCAGCUUGGUGGACGCGCGCUUCCAGCUGCCCGCCUUUCCCUGGUUCCCUCAUGUCAUUCAACCCAAGCCCGAGAUCACCGCUGGAGGCAGCGUUCCAGCGCUCAAGACCAAGCCGCGCUUUGAUUUCGCCAACCUGGCCUUGGCCGCAACGCAAGAAGAUCCGGCCAAGCUUGGCCGCGCGGACGGCCCAGGCUCCCCCGCGGGUGGGCUGGGGGCCCUCCUAGAUGUGACCAAGCUGUCUCCAGAAAAGAAACCUACAAGGGGACGUCUGCCUUCCAAGACCAAGAAGGAGUUCGUCUGCAAGUUCUGUGGCCGCCACUUCACCAAGUCCUACAACCUACUUAUCCAUGAGCGGACACACACCGACGAGCGGCCCUACACCUGUGACAUCUGCCACAAAGCCUUCCGGAGGCAAGACCACCUACGGGACCACAGAUAUAUUCACUCCAAAGAGAAGCCCUUCAAGUGUCAAGAGUGUGGGAAAGGAUUCUGCCAGUCCAGGACUCUCGCUGUCCACAAGACGCUACACUCACAGGUGAAGGAGCUCAAACCUCCAAGAUCAAAUGCUAAAUAGAGCCUCUGGGUCACAAGGACCCUGGGCCCAGUGGCCCUCUCCUCCAGAGGGACCAGAAGCCUGACUCUGGCGGGCAGCGGGAGAGGCGCUCGCGGGACCUUCCACCUCUCCAACAUUGUCCCCUGGGUCGCUGGCGCACGCGGCACUUCAGAGCCCCGCCCGGGGCCGCGACCCCGACCGUCCCGGCUGCUCCCCUAGGACGCGGCUAAACUCUUGGCCAAAAGGCGGUACUCACGUGGCGGAAGGGAAACUGCAUUAAGAAAAGAACGAAAGCUCAGCGGAGCCGCAGCGGCGCCUCUCCCAGAAGUAUUACUUUUUCUAUUGUUAUUUUAUACGUUUUCUUUUUUAUUUUUGUCUUUGACCAUAUAAGCUUGUAACUCUGACUGCAGAGAGUGAGGGGUGAGGGGAGAGGCAAGGAAGUCCUUAGCACUGGCAGCUCCCACCUCCUCCUCCCGCCCCUGCCCCCUCCCCCGGAGCCUGCAAAAGUGUAAUCCCUGUAUCUGCUUCAGCCUCCCGCCCCAGGGACCGCGGGGCAGGAGCGCCCCCUCCCAGCUCUUGCGGCUCAGCCCGCUUCCGUGGGCUCCGGGACUCCGACAGCAGGGCGGGGACCUCAGGCCUGGGUCUGCAGGGGGCCCGGCCUCCGCUGCCGCGACACUGCGAGGGAGCAGCCAGCCAGGAGCCGGGCGUUAUAUUGCGAUUGGCACUUUAUGCUGACCAUCGGUAACGGACAUUUAUCACUGGAGUUUUUUUUUUUAAACUAAUAAAUAAACGGUUAUUUUACAGGCA